AUGCAAGUCAACACGUUGGGCCAUCCUCGUAUCUGCAAUUAUCAUUAUUGUACUGUUGGUAGUGGUAGCGGUAGUGGUGGGUGUGAACAGAAAAAUUACUCUACAAAUAAUAUCACGGAAGCCACUACCACGACGACAAGCACAAUCACCACUGAAGCCACAAACUAUUCCGAAACCACCACAAUCAAUACUGACCAAUUCCCAUACCUUAAUACUAGUUUUAGCCUUGUUCCAUUCGGAAAUAAUACGAAAUGGAGACAAAAUGGAAUUACUAUUGUUGACAGAAAUAUAGAAAACGAUUCGUACAAGGGACUUUCUGAUCCAUAUAGUAUCUAUAUUGAUAAUGAUACGCAAACAUUUUAUAUCACUGAUUAUCAUAAUCAUCGUAUUGUUGAGUGGAAAUCUAAUACAACGAGAAGUCAAGUUGUUGCGGGUGGUAAUUCGAAAGGAAAUCAUAGUAAUCAACUGAAUAAUCCAACGGAUGUAAUUGUUGAUAAAAAGAAUGAUUCGCUUAUCAUUUGUGAUUCUGGAAACCGGCGAAUAGUGCGAUGGCGUCUUGGAAAUACUGCAAGUGGACAAACAAUUAUUUCAGACAUUAGUUGCUAUGAUUUAGCAAUAGCUAACGAUGGAGAUCUUUAUAUACUAAACUACGAAGAAAAUGAAGUGCGACGAUGGAGAAUAGGAGAGAAAACAGGGACAAUAGUAGCAGGAGGAAAUGGGUACGGAGAUGAUCUCAAUCAACUCAAUUUUCCUAAUUCUAUAUUUAUCAAAGAUCAUUCACUUUAUGUAUCCGACAGCUUCAAUCAUCGUGUGAUGAAAUGGAUAAUAGGUGAAAAAGAAGGCAUUAUUAUUGCUGGCGGACAUGGUGUUGGACGUAAUCUCACACAAUUGAGUUAUCCGUUAGGAGUAAUUGUCGAUCAUUUGGAUGACGUUUAUGUGGUGGAUUCAGCGAAUAAUCGAAUAAUGCGUUAUCCGAAAGGAUCUCAAUUGGGUAUUAUUAUUGCUGGUGGAAAUGGUAUAGGACAACAACCUAAUCAGUUUAAGAAUCCUAGGGAUUUAGCACUUGAUGGGUAUGGCAAUCUUUAUGUCGUUGAUAAUCAGAAUAAACGAAUACAAAAAUUUGAAAUUGAUUUAAAUUAA